AUCGACGUAGUUGCCAUUUUCAUCGGCCCUCUCGUUACCGAGAUGUUUAUUGAGCUUGUAUUGUUUUUUAUCGGAUAUUUUCCAGGGUAUGAAGCGGUACCUCCAGAGGCAUGUUUCGCCAACUUUCGCCACGACGAUUGCGGCAUGUCACCGGUUCCCGUCCUCUACUACUGGAAACCGGGUUCCCGCUGCGAGGUGGGCUUCUGGCGCGGCUGUUUGCCCAACAUGAAUAUGUUCCAUGAUGAAUACGAGUGUGUCGCUACAUGCAUCUUCAGCGCUAGAGCCGGAGACGUAGACUAUCACAAUCUGAACGCUAUCGUCGAAAGCGAGGAAUCGAUUGAAGAAAGCACAAUCCCCUACGAUGAUAACUCGACGUUGUCAGACACUAACAGUACUACCACUGAUGGUACAAAUACUGGUAAUACUGGGACCGGAACUGGUACUGGAGGCACUGAUACUCCAGCACCAACUGCUACUACAUGAAAUCCCUAAGAUUUAUAAUUUAGUAAUAUAUUAUCUAUUCUAAAAUAUAAAGAUUAAC